AUGUGGGGUUGGUUUAUCCGCAAGAGCCUCUCUGAUGCAGCAGCAGCAGCAGCAGCAGCAGAUUCUGCUGCUGCUGCUGACAGCAAGAAGAGAAGGAAGCUUGGCGAUCCCCCUGGUACAGACAGCAGCACGAGUUGGGGGGAGUCUGACGCCUCAGCAGCAACAGCUGCUUCUGCUGCUGCUGCUGCUGCUGUUUCGUCUGCUGCUGCAUCUGGUGCAGCAGCAGAGGAUGCAGAUCUUAGCAGCAGCCCAGCAGAUGCUGCAGCAGCAGAGGAGGAAGCAGCAGCAGCAGCAGAUAUAGACACGCCGCUGCUGCGUAUCCUUGCUCUUGGCUGUGAAUUAUUCAUAGAUGAGGUGCUGCAGUCUGCUGCUGGUUAUGCUAUUGCUAGGCAGCAGCAGCAGCAGCAACUGCAGCAACUGCAGCAGCAGCAGCUGCUGCUGCACUGGAUACAGAAACCUGCUGUUAUCUCCGUCACGGAUAUUGAAUUUUGUCUUCAAAGAUUGUGGGGGGAGAAUUUGCUGCUCGCGCUGCAGCAGCAGCAGCAGCAGCAGCAGCAACAGCAGCAACAGCAGCAGCAGCAGCAGCAACAGUUGCAAGAAGACCAGCUGUCCCGAACUGCUGGAGAUGCAUGCGUGUCAACGAAACAGCAGCAGCAAGAUCAUCAGCAGCAGGGAGAUGGCAGCAGCAGCAACAGCAGCAGCUACUCCUGCGGUAUAGGGGAUGCAGAACCAGCAGCAGCAGCAGCAGCAACAGCAGCAACAGCAGCAACAGCAGCAGCAGCAGAAGGGGAAGAUAAUGAAAUGGAGCUCUUUGAUGCUCUCUUUACAGACCCUGAUGCAGCAACAGAGGACACAGAUGCUGCUGCUGCUGCUAACAGCAGCAGCAGCAGCAGCAGCAGCAGCAAUAGCGUGGAUGCAGCUGGGCCACAGGAGCAGCAACAGCAGCAGCAGCAGCAGCAAGAAGUAGAUGAACUUGAUCUGUUUGCUUCUGAACCUGCUUCCGCUGGUGAGUCGCCAAAGGAGGCUGCAGCAGCAGCAGCAGCAGCAGAAGAAGAAGAAGAAGAAGAAGAGGAGGAAGAAGAAGCAGCAACAACAGCAGCAACUGCUUCUGCUGCUGCUGCAGCAAAUGAAGCAGGACCAGAGGGAGAUCUGCAGCAGCUGCUGCAGCAUGCAUCAUCACUGGCUUCUUCAUGGGUUGCCUCUAGUCUUGCUGCUGCUGCAGCAGCAAACAGCAGCAGCAGCAGCAGCAGCCAGCAGCAGCAGCCCCUAACUAUUCAUGAUAUAUUUGAGAGUCCUUCUUUUGAUUCUUCUUAG